UCCGCCGCGGCCAGAGCGGCGGCUGCCGCGGCGCUGAGGGAAGAUGGCGGCGCCGGUGCGAGCCGUCACCGGGGCGACGCGGCGGCUCUGGCACCGGCUGCCGUGAGGGCUCGGCUCGGCCCGGCCUAGGCCCGGCCCAGCAGCUGUGAAGUGGAAUGCCAUGGCCAGCUCCUCAGACAGUGAAGAUGACAGUUUCAUGGCCGUGGAUCCAGAAGAAGCUGUGGUCGAGGGGACAAUGGAGCAAGAUGAGGAGCCGCGUGCUGAGCUGGAGGUGGAGGAGCCCAGGCAUAACAGAUCCAUGUUGGAGCUCCCCGAGGAAGUUUUGGAGUAUAUCCUGUCCUUCCUUUCCCCCUAUCAGGAGCACAAAACUGCUGCCCUUGUCUGCAAACAGUGGUAUCGACUAAUCAAAGGUGUGGCCCAUCAGUGUUAUCAUGGCUUUAUCAAAGCAGUGCAAGAAGGAAACAUUCAGUGGGAGAGCCGUACUUACCCUUACCCAGGAACCCCCAUCACGCAACGCUUCUCACACAGUGCAUGUUACUACGAUGCCAACCAGUCAAUGUACGUGUUUGGAGGCUGCACGCAAAGCAGCUGUAAUGCUGCCUUCAACGACCUCUGGAGACUUGAUCUGAACAGCAAGGAGUGGAUCCGGCCCCUGGCAUCAGGUUCAUACCCCUCACCCAAGGCUGGGGCCACGCUGGUGGUCUACAAGGACCUGCUGGUGCUGUUUGGGGGCUGGACGCGGCCCAGCCCGUAUCCCCUGCACCAGCCAGAGAGGUUCUUCGAUGAAAUCCACACAUACUCACCCUCCAAAAACUGGUGGAACUGCAUCGUGACCACCCAUGGCCCUCCUCCCAUGGCAGGACACUCCUCCUGUGUCAUUGAGGACAAAAUGAUUGUCUUUGGGGGUUCGCUGGGCUCUCGGCAAAUGAGCAACGACGUCUGGGUGCUGGAUCUCGAGCAGUGGGCUUGGUCCAAGCCAAACAUCUCCGGGCCCAGCCCUCACCCACGGGGUGGCCAAUCUCAGAUUGUCAUCGAUGACGAAACCAUUUUAAUCCUUGGUGGCUGUGGUGGUCCCAACGCACUGUUCAAAGACGCCUGGCUGCUGCACAUGCAGGCAAACCCCUGGACGUGGCAGCCACUCAAGGUAGAGAAUGAGGACCACGGAGCCCCAGAGCUGUGGUGCCAUCCUGCCUGCAGGGUAGGACAGUGUGUCGUGGUCUUCAGCCAGGCUCCCAGCGGCAGAGCCCCGCUGAGCCCCAGCCUGAACUCCCGUCCCUCUCCCAUCAGUGCCACACCGCCCGCCCUGGUCCCCGAAACGCGCGAGUACCGCUCCCAGUCCCCAGUCAGGACCACAGAUGAGGCUCCCUGCGUCAACGGCCGCUGGGGCACCCUGAGGCCCAGAGCCCAGCGCCAGACACCCUCAGGUUCGCGGGAGGGCAGCCUCUCCCCAGCCAGAGGUGACGGCUCCCCGGUGCUCAACGGUGGCAGCUUAUCGCCGGGGGCUGCGGCGCCUGGCGGGGCCUCCUUGGACAGCCCGGUGCAGCUCAUAUCGCCCGGCACACCCGGAGCCACUGAAGGAUGCGAGCUGAAAGUCGGGCUCGCCCUGGCACCGCGGCGGGGCUCACUGCCGGAGCAGAAGGACCUGCGUUUGGGCUCGGUCGAUUUGGGCUGGGAGCAGAAAGCAGCUGCCCUGUGCCAGGCGGACGGCGCCGACGGCAGGACGCUGCGCAACCCCCCCGAGCACACCAAUGGCAUCCACACCCCGCCCCACUCCCUGCCGGGAGCCGUGUCCCCCGGAGCGCUCCGCAGGAGCUUGGAGGCCAUCAAAGCUCUCUCCUCCAAAGCCCCUCCAGCUUCUGCUGCUCUCAGCCCCCCGCUCGGCUCCUCGCCGGGCUCCCCGGGCAGCCAGGGCAGCGGUGCCGACGCGCGGCCGGGCUCUGCGCAAGGCGACGGCCACUCGCUGCCACCCAUCGCCCGCCGCCUGGGCCACCACCCUCCGCAGUCCCUGAACGUGGGGAAGCCUUUGUACCAGAGCAUGAACUGCAAACCCAUGCAGAUGUACGUGCUGGACAUUAAGGACACCAAGGAGAAAGGGCGAGUGAAAUGGAAGGUGUUCACUAGCAGCUCGGUGGUGGGGCCGCCCGAGACCAGCCUGCACACGGUGGUGCAAGGCAGAGGGGAGCUCAUCAUAUUCGGUGGUCUGAUGGACAAGAAACAGAACGUGAAGUACUAUCCCAAGACAAAUGCCUUGUACUUUGUGCGAGCAAAGAGAUAAUGCGGCCCGAGCCUACUGCCACCGCCCCCCUCCCCGUGGCUCUCCCUCUCCCUCUGAAAUCUGUCGCGCAGGCAUUCAAACUGUGAAUUAGGGAACAACAAACAAUGCAGCUCAAGCCGACCUCCAGCACGUCCCGGUGAAGCAAAUCGUGUUUACAAGCAGGGGAGCAGCGCCCUGCUGUAGGACCUGUUACUGUGCUCCACGCUGCAGCCCAGGCCAAGGAUGUCGGGCGAGUCACGGUGCUUUCCUAGAGCCGACCUUGCAGCUGGAGGCUGUCAGCUCAUUGCACUGACGAUUCCUGUGCUUGGAGGAAAGAAAACAACAGCAAUACCUGAACAAACUUUCAGCACUGCAAGCUGUGACCGUAAGCUUUGCUCGACACGAACAUGAUGCCUUCUUUUUGCCUCUCACCCCUUUGGCCUGACAGCUUCAUUCCUGUCCUCGUCGCAGGACCGUAAGAAGGAAGAAAGGACAGUUUUGCAUUGUAAAGCCAAAAAACAAAAAUCAUUGUGAAUAGGACGGGCAGGACUUGCUUUCACAGCCCUCCUUGCCCAGCAGCCUUGGUGCUGUGCUGCUGCACAUUCCCAGCAGAGGGAUUGGAAAUGCUGAAAGGAACAGCCCGAAUGCUGAGCGCUGGUGCACCGAGCGGCACGGCGUGAGCCUCCACUGCAGGAACAAAACCAUCUUUGCAUGUGCCUCCUUCCGCAAAGAUUAAAACAAAGCAAAAUCCGAAUGGAUUGAACCCGUGUGUCCGUCUGGGACAAACUUCCUUCCUUCCUCCCUCCUUCCUUCCUUUGCAGCUCGAGGUGGGGGGAAGCUGGGCGCAUUCUGCUCCGUUCUACAACAGCGCGCGCCCUUCCUGAGGAUGCUCCUGGCUUCGGCACCCGAAAUAGCAAAAAAACCAGUAGGAAACUCAUCCCAAAACACAGCCCUGUGCACCGGCAGCGCCAUGACGUGGUCCCCAUCUCCUCGCCAUCCCCACUGAGCUUUGCCGGCUUCGCCACCGCCAGCCCCCCAGCCUUUGGGGUGGCAGCCCUCCCCAGGAAGCAUCGGGGCUGGUUGUUUCCUAUGACAGCAGUACCGCUUUGGUCCAGCAGGGCUGGGGAGCCCCGUGUGGGAUGGGGCUGGGAGAGAGGGCAGCGCCUCAUCUGCAGUGUGUAGAUAAACCUUGAGGUUCAAUCCGUUCCCAAAUCCCCGCUCCUCGGGGACCCCAACGCGACGUCCGACGUUUCUCUCCUGCCUGCAUGUCUCAGCACCUCCCCCCUUAUAAAAGAAUGAAAGGCAAAAAAAGCAAAAACGUGGGGCUGCUGAGAGCUGGCUGCGAUGCGGGCACCCACCGCCACCGGCUGCUCUCCUAACGGCCCCAAAUCCCCUUCAAAUGACCCCAGAAUGGUUGGGAGGGGGGGGGGAGGGGGGUGAGGAGUCCCUUUUUGGUGAUAUUUAAAGAAAUCUGUGUAUUUUUUUUUGUUUUUUUUUUUUUACGUCUCGCUCUCUCUCUCCCUCGAGGAAUUUUUAGCCGUUUAACAAAUAAAAACCGGCAGAA